AAGGGGGCAUCAGAUCCUCUGGCACUGGAGUUACAGACAGUUGUGAGGUGCUCGGUGGGUGCUGGGAACUAAACCACAGUCUUUUGGAAGAGCAAGCCAGCGCUCUUAACUUCUGGGCUGUCUCUCCAGCUGCCUGAAAACUCUCAUGUUUUGAUUUCUUUGGGUAAACUCUGGAGCCCACUUCCCCAUAGCCCCUUCCCCAAAUCUGCUCCUUUGAAGAAGAAGGGAUCUCAGGCUUCUCUUGCAAGGUCACAUCUAAAUACCGCUGACUUCCUGCUAUGAAGCGGAGAAAGAUUAGCCCAGAGAGACCCACUCCUCUCUGGGCCUGGAGAAACUGCCACCAGCCAAGUUUAGCAGGAUCUUAGGGCGGGGACUGGGCAAUGGCAGGUAAUACAGCCAUCCCUCCGGGCCCCCAAUCCCUUCCUAACCCGCUUGACCUGGCUCAGCCCCGAGGUGUUGAUGGCAGCUUUCUGCAGACACAGCCAUCUGUCACCUGCCUUUCUUUUUCCUGGUGACAGCUACCCCACAGAAGGACUAGAGUGAUUUUUGAGGUGUGGGGGUGUACUGAGCCACAGGCUGGCCCCCUGCCGUGGUGGUCUUUUGGAGACCCUAGAGCCCCAGGUAAGGUUGGGGGAGGGGAAACGGUAACCCCUGCCAUGAGCUUCCUUUGGGACCUGACCUACAUACAGUAAGAUGCUUUGACUGCCUGUCUUGGGUCUAGGCAGAAGUGAGACACCCACCGGGGUAAAGGGUUUCCCUGGGGAGCUGGUGCAGCUGUGGGGACAUAGCCAACCAGGACUGCAAGAGGAACUGGUCCUUGGUGUACUGUCACAGCUGCCUGCUGAAUGAAAAGGGACUUGGGCUGCAGGCAGAGGAGCCACUGUCGCCCCUGGAGCGGACUGGACAUGACUGAGGCACCGCCCUGUCCAGGCGGCAAGACACCAAGUCCUGGAUGCGGUCUGAAGACGCUGUACUGGGCAUGUGUCCACAAUGACCUCGCUGAGCUCCAAGCCAGGCUGGACGUCGGGGUGUCUCCAGAUGAGGCCUCCCAAGUGGACGGCAAUGGGAGGGUGAGAUGCCCCAGGGCACACAGGAGUAGCAGAGGAUAGCUCAGGCUUCACACGUAGCAUCCUGGUCCGGUUCCCCAUAGUCCCAGAGUUGUCCCCACACUUUAGAUGGGUGGAGACAGUCUCCACAGGGGUUUGGACAGGCCCUGGGGAAGUGCGGAUUUAGGGAACAAAGUGGAGGGGGUCCUAAGGAGAGCUUAGUGGAAAGUGGAGGUCUAAGCUGCUCUGUCCCCAGACAGGCCUCAUGGUCGCAUGCUACCACGGCUAUGGUUCCAUUGUGGCUCUGCUCAGCGGCUGUCCUUUCCUGGACGUGAACCAGCAGGACAAAGACGGGAACACAGCCCUCAUGCUGGCGGCUCAAGCAGGUCAUGUGCCUCUGGUGACUCUCCUGCUCAACUACUUUGCUGGCCUGGACCUGGAACGCAGGGACCAGCGGGGACUGACAGCUCUGAUGAAGGCUGCCAUUCGGGACCGCUCUGAGUGUGUGGUUGCACUCCUUAUGGCAGGUGGCUGCUCUGUGUGUGGACUUGUGGAGCCCUCAUUCAAUCACACUGGGUCACUUGCAGGUGCUGACCUGAGCUCCGUGGAUCCUGUCCGGGGCAAGACAGCCUUGGAAUGGGCUGUUCUAACGGACAGCUUUGACACUGUACGGAAGAUCCGGCAGCUGCUGAGGCGGCCCCAGGCAGAGCAGCUCAGCCUGCACUACCAGCCAGAGUGGCCAGCCUUGGCCCAACUUGUGGCCCAGGCCCAGGAUCAGGCUGCCCCAUCCCUCCUAGAGAGGCUGCAGGCUACUCUGAACCUCUCCUUUGCUCAGUUUCCUCAGGAAGGGGGUGUCCUGGACCACUUGGUGACUGUCACCACCAGUUUGGCCAGUCCCUUCCUGACCACUGCCUGCCACACACUGUGCCCUGACCACCCACCCACACUGGGCAUUCGGGGCAAAUCAGUGCCAGAGCUGUUGGGUACUGCCCCUCCACCUCCUCCAGCACCCCAUCCUCCUCAGGAAGUCCCUGUUCCCCAGGCCUUUGCCCCCUACCAGAGCCCUCAGAGUAUGCUCUCCCAGUGGCUACAGUCCAGGGAGAGCACCAGUCUCAGGUCCCAAGUCCCUAAGAUCCUCCUCUCCAAGGCACCUUCCCCUGCUGCACAGUACGAGUUGAUACUUAGACCUCCAGGGAAGCAAAGUCUGACUCUUCCCAUCUGGAGAUUCCAGGAGAAGAAGAAGAAGGAGGAGGAAUAAGCAGUGAACCACGAGGAGGUAGACUAGGCCAAGCUGGAGGCAAGUAAGACUCAUUCCCGUCCGGAACCUCUUUCUGCAUCCCAACCAUCUCUGCCAGCGGGAACCUGCUCCCACCAAGUAUUCAAGGUUGUCCACAGCAGCGUCUGCGGGAGAGACGGGACCAACCCGGUGUCUGCCGGCAGGGGACUGACCGGCUACAGCGGUUACGGCAGUAAUAACCACACACUGUAUUCUGUGUAGGAUGUCACAAAGCAAGAGAAAGCGAACUGCUCUCACGUGAAACCUACAAGUUGUAUCAAGUAAACAGCUGGGGGUGGAGCACGGUGUGCACGGUGUGCACG